UUUUUUUAAAUCGAAUUUACAAUAUGAAAGGUGUUUUCGUCAUGUUCUUUAUUUUUUCUGUCGCCAUUUUUGUAAAUUGUAAAAAGUACAAGGACGGCGAAAAGCCCGAUUGGGCCAAGAAGGAUAUUAGAGACUACAGCGAUGCAGAUAUGGAAAGAUUGUUGGAUCAGUGGGAUGAAGACGAUGAACCUUUAGAAGAGGAUGAACUUCCCGAACAUUUACGACCGAUGCCCAAAAUCGACUUGAGCCACAUGAAUCCUGAAAAACCUGAGGAACUUCUUCAGCUGUCAAAAAAGGGACGCACCCUUAUGACUUUCGUCCAAGUAUCAGGAAACCCAAGCAGAGAUGAAACUGAAGAUCUUACAAAAUUAUGGCAGUCAAGUUUGUGGAAUAGUCACAUACAAGCCGAAAGAUACUUGGUUGAUGAUAAUCGAGCUAUAUUCCUUUUCAAAGAUGGAUCUCAAGCUUGGAUUGCAAAGGAUUUUUUAACUAGCCAAGACAGGUGCGAAAGUGUAACAAUUGAGUCAAAAGUUUAUCCUGGUAAAAAUCAGAAAGAGACCGUCAAAUCUGAAUUAUAAGCUAUGUAAAUAAGUUUCUUUUAUAUAAAUUGUUUUUUGUUUAUUAA